AUGGGAGGACAAGCCGUGGGUUGUUGCACUCAAAUCGGAUGCCACAACAUCAAACCGAAUUCAGUCGGACCUGCUCACGCUCUACGCAUCCUCUGGUUCCGGCGCCGCCUCCUUUCGAACGGACUCGCUUCUUCACCCGAGCCCAUUCUGCCGAUAGACAGUUUGCCCCAAAGAACUCUCCCUAGGUCGACAUUCCCCAGUUUCGGGUUGGAAGAUGAAAUGACCGGACCUAAAAGCUACCAAAAAGUCAGGCUUCAGCAAGCGAAAACUGAGCAGCGACAAUAUACUCGCCUCUAUCAUCUUGCACAAUUCAACCGGAGUCUGGUAGUUGAACUGUUGCCAGGACUACUGAGCGAGCGGCCUUUCGGAGGAACGGCGGAAUCUGGACCAGACCGCAGACCACCGCGAGAGGCUGCGGGACUCGGAAAGCAAACGGACUCGGUAAUGACGGAUGAGGAGGCUGUUGAAGAGGUGGUAGACGAAGAGGUCACCUGUCAAGGACACUUGACAACGGAUUUGUGGCAGGACGUACCAGCAGCUGUUUGGCCCUCUGGACUACCCCUGCCAAUGUCGGCAACCGCACGUCUUCGCGUCCAUCAAACUCCUUUAUUGGAUCGUCAUCCACCACAGAAUCACCUUCAGUCUCUUUUCAGCUCCAUCCCAUUAAAAAACGCUACCAGCCUCUAUGAGCAGAGCAACGGAGGCUGUCUCUCUUUCCUCGAGGCCGGAGAAAUUUGGAUCUUUUGCAGCGCCUAUGUCUGCCGUCAGCCACAUUGUGGCACCUGCCGGAGAGAAAGUGAUUCUGGCCUGCCCGGUACUGCGUUGGGGACGGCCGAAGGCACACCGCAUCUGGCUCCGGAACGACCGGCUCGUGGAGCCGGACUUCCUGGGCAGGCAAGUCUAGCUUGA